CAAGCGACUGAAAUAAGUUUAGUACUUGUCUAGCACCUAGUCUGUUUUACAUGAUGUAGACACAUUGAUGUAAUGGGUAUCUGAUUGUGUUCCGUGAUCGUACGAUCAAGCGCAGCAAGCAUGGCGACUGGACAGGCAUCUGGGGACCUGAAACAAGGGGCCAAAUCUCGACCAGUCUCUGGCCUGGCGACAGCAUAUUUGGUCAUCUAUAAUGUCGUCUUAUGUGCAGGAUGGACAGCCGUAGGAGUGAUGGCGGUCCGUCAUUACUUACAAACCAAAACCAACAUUGGCAUCUAUGACACUGUGGAGGUCCCGCUGAAGGUGUUUCAAACGGCAGCUGUCUUGGAGAUAUUUCACUGUGCCAUUGGGAUUGUGCCUUCUUCUGUGAUGAUCACAGCAUUCCAGGUGUUCUCCAGGGUGAUGCUGCUCUGGCCAAUCACACACGCUGUACCACAGGUUCAAGACGAGAUUAGCGUACCGCUCUACAUCGCAGCGUGGACGGUGACGGAAAUCAUGCGGUAUGCCUUCUACACGCUGGGUCUACUGAACCGACUGCCGUAUGCGCUGACGUGGUGCAGAUACACGCUGUUCAUCGUGCUGUACCCUCUCGGAGUUACUGGUGAGCUUUUGACCAUCUAUGCAGCACUCCCCCACGUCAAGGAAAGCGGCCUGUUCUCAUUCACGCUACCCAACGAUCUCAACGUGUCAUUUGAUUACUAUAGCUUUCUUAUAGUCAUCAUGCUGUUGUACAUACCAAUUUUCCCGCGUUUGUACUCGCACAUGAUUCGUCAGCGUAAGAAGGUCAUCGGAGGAGUCUCAUCCAAAAAGAUCGACUAAACCGUCCGCCACCCCAAAGAGUUUUGAAAGGAGUAAUUUUUUUUUUUUCACUUUUAAAGGUUUUAUAAUAUUUCCAACCCAAUUAAAAAUUGGUUGCAUUAAAUCAAAAGAAAUGAAUGGUUCUUGUGUUGUCCGUUUUCUAAUGGCUCUGUGCAUGAAGUACAUGUAAAGAGGGCGCUUUGAUGCUGAAUAAUUUCACUGGUUCACAUGCGCUGUUCUGUUUUCUUUGACAUUGGGGUCGAUGCAUACCAGGGAAGAAGGGUUAAUCGUCACUGAAUGAGUCAAUUUGAUAGUCUGGUUUACAGUCUCGCCAUAUUGUAGACUUUGUGAAUAUGGGGCAGAAACCAGUCUAGAAUUCACCUCACUGGUUCACGUGUGCUAUUAUUACCAAUUAAAGAAAGAAAACAAAAUUGCAUACCAGGGAAAUAGCCUACAUUGAAAGGGAUAUUUCAAAUUUUCAUUGGUGAACAAAGUUAAAAAUGAGGGGGAAAAAAAGGAACAGAGCCAUAGGACGGACAGAAAUUCAGUUUUUAAAAUGAAAUUCAUGUGAUGAAAUACAAGGAAUUGGUGGUAUUUUGAAGAUAAGUUUGGAAUUGAAAAUGCUGCAAAGUUUGGCUCUGUAUGACAAUUGAUAAACCAUUUGUGCCAAUUUUGGAAUUUAAAUGUUAUUUUAUGAAUGAAUUCAUGACUAGCACACGUACAGUGUAAUUUUGCAUGGCAGGGUAUGUAUAAUUUGAAUUUAUGUAUAAAAACAACUCUUCAAUGUAACAUUAAGAAAUCUUUGUUGCCCUUGUUAUAGGUAGCUAUUUUUCUUUUAUGAUGUAAGAUUAUUCCAAUUUCCACCAAAUUUCCACCAAAAUUAUUUAAAUCAGGGAAAACUCCCAGAGUGGUUUGUAAUCUGCAUGACAUUAUAAAAACUUUGUGAUAUAUUUUCUUGAAUUUGUGACAAAAUUUAAACAGGAAAUGAUGUACAAUUUGGACAGUGUGUUAUAGAUUCCAAAUGUUUGACAUCAAUUUUAUGUGUUUUAUUCAUAGUUAUGAUUUGUGCUUUAACAAAAACAAAAGAAACUGUGUUUGCAGUAGAGUAGAAAUAUCAAAUUUGCUGUGAGUUUUGGUCAAAUUUUGUGCUACCCAUCUUUAAGUGCAUAUACAACAGAGAUUUUAAUAAGGGAACAAAAAGGUUACCCCAGACUGGGACCUUGUGUGUAGAAAAACAUGCAUAACAAAAUCAGGCCAACUUUACUCCCUCUUUUAGCUGACAAAAUUCUCCAAAAAUUUUCACGAGGCAAAGACAAGGUCCUCAGUAUUACACCAGGCAAGCUUGAGGUCUCAAUUCAGUUAUUAAAAGAGACUUUUCUUCAACAUUUUGCACCUGAGAGUGAUGCAAAGUGAUUUCAAUUUGAAGCCUAAGACUAGACUGGUACAUGUCCAACUUUAUGAAAAGAUUGACCCUUCAGUAGUCUGGUGGCAUGACUACAUGUGUGUGUAGAAAUAGGCAGUGUGUAGAAAUAGAGACUAGGUACCAGAUGUUUCUUUUGACACAGUUGAUUGAUGCAGUACUAAAACAUAUUGUAAAAUGGUGUUGGACUGGUUGUUUUAAGUGCCAGUCUAUUUUCUUGUGUUGCAUGUUUUCAAUACCUUAAGUUUUGGGAUUUUCAUACACAGUAUUGAGAGUCCCAAAUUUUCGGUCUGGGUCACCUUAUAACAAAAGUGUGCUUGAGUUUCGGGAAAUUGGAGAGUCAAAGCGAGGUUAAAAAAAAAAAAUAUAAAAAAAAUGGGUGUGUUCUAAAUAUCAAAACUUUCAUUUCAAAUUCCAUAGCCGAUAAUACAUAAAUGUGUGUUUCAAUUUCAGCUUAAAAUGAAGUCAAUGUUUUUCUUACACCCAAGUAAACCAUUGGUCCCAACUGAAGAAUAAUUCCAGUUGAAACACUAGGUGGGACGGCCCCAACUUGAGUUGGGCCGAUAGUCUAGUUGGGCUGUAACAUUUUUAAUCGCUUGUUGGUUUUCUUUGUGCAUUAGGAACAGCAUGCUUUGUUUUUCAUUUUGAUAUUGCACCCAGUUGGACACGCUGAUAUAGAUUGUGUAUGUCGACAAAAAAAAUACUGAGUUUGUGCAAGCUUUAGUAAUUUGAAGUAAGUUUGGCGACUCAACUCACUGUAAGUCAUAUUCGAUAGCUUUUGUAAACUUAAAAGUUUGAAUUCUGAGAUUUGCCUAAAAUUGCCUUAAAUGAUUACGAAAUGAAUGAGAAUUGAAAUGGCUGAAACACACCCUUUCCCAGAAAUUUCCAAAAAAAGCACUUAUUACCUCAAUAAUAAUUUUACAAUUAUUUUAGUAAAAACUGGGUACUAAUUUGAACUGCCAAAAUGACAUGUAAUGUGUAAUUUUGGCUGGUUCACUGCUCCCUGCUUAGCAACAUUUUUAUGCUUAGCAGAAAAAGUCUGGUGGGAACCAGUCAGUAGUUGUAAACAUCACACAUUUUGGCUGGUAACCUGUUUUUGCUUAGCAGAUUUUUGUUGCACUAAGCAAAUAUCUGAGCUCAGAGACUCCAUCAGAUUUGCUUAGAAUUGAUUAAAGAUUGGCCCUCUUUAAUUUAAUUUUUUUUUCAGAAUAUUUAUCAAUAAGCUGUUUUUUUCCCCAAAUUGUGAAACAAUUUGAUGUGAUCUGCUUUCUAGUUGUGAUUUGGUUGAGAUGAAUUAAAAUUCAUGAUGUGAAAAGACAAAUUGCA